AUGCUCUUCUCCCCACCCCCUCACGUCGAGCUCGGUGAGCACCGCGAGAAAGGAUGUGGGAGGCGACGCCUCCGGCGUCGGAAAGGGCUCAAACCGCGCUCCCGUGUAUUGCCCUUCCACUUGCUUAGGCGCGUCCGCUUCAGCGUUAUGGUGCCCGAGCGCUUCUGCUGCUUCCAGGGCAGGCUCACCGGGAUCGGCGUGCUCUGA